AUGUAUAGCGGCUGGCCUUUUAGCUGGAAAAUGAGCAUUAUUCCGCAAACCAUUCAGAAAAGGUUGCUCAAGUUUUUACUGAAAAAGGCGAUUGGUCAAUUUUUAACCGAUGAGUUAGAUCUUGAUAACCUCGAUGUUGAAUUUGGCAAGGGACAUAUACAUUUGAAGGAAUUGCAACUUAAUACCGAGGUGCUUAAUGAUCUCGUCGCGGAUUUACCAAUUAUUAUUACUGAUGGACGAAUAGGCGGAAUUAUUGCAAAUAUUCCUUGGAAAAAUAUAUGGAACAGCGAUUGUGUGUUAGAGAUUCAUAAUUUAAAACUUGUGAUCGUUCCUGAACAAGUUAAGCCAAAGAAUGCAAAGUCAUCGACUGAGGAUUCACAUAUACUAUCAUCUUCUAUACAUUUUGCUGGAGAUUUUCUCCGUCAUGGUGGAAUGCCGUCCGAAGAGGGCGAAGAGCUUCGUAAUUCAAUCUAUCAGUCAUUUCAUAGUAGUGCGUCAGAAUAUCAACAACAAGACAUUACUAAUUCAUUACUGGACAAUUCCGAAACUUUGACACCACAGCCACUACAUCCUCAGCAAACACAAAACAUUGAGAGUGGCGGGGUGGAAUUAUUGGCCAGAUUAAUUGACAAGAUUAUGUCUAACGUCAAAGUGAUUUUUAAGGACACGUUAAUUCGAUUACAACACAAAUCUAACUAUUCACUUGAUGGUAGAGAUGACGGGCUAUCGUCACAUGACUCGGAAACAUUGAGAAACUAUUUUUUUGAUCUCGAGAUUCCGACAAUUUCUUAUCGUGAUGAAACUGAAGAAUUGGUUGAUGGUGAUGGUGCUGCAGCUGGGACAGAAUCGAGUGUAAAAUCGCCUCCAACGCAAUUUGACAUCAUUAAAUCAUUGACUAUUCAAGGAUUAAAAGCAUGGAUAAGAGAACAAGGUGAAACUUUGUCAUCGUUGCCACCGUCAUCAUCAUUAUCGUCAUCAACGACGAUACAAAUUAAGCGUGAUAAUCCAGAUGCUGAAGCUUUAUUACCUUAUAAUUUAUCGGGAGCUUCAGAAUACGGAGAAAUGCCCGAAAUACCUGAUGGUCAGGAAAGCAGCGAUGAAUUUUAUGGUGUUCAAGCAAACAAUGAAGGAGAUGGUGAUGAUGGAAAAAAAUUAGAAGAAAAAGUGGACUCAUCCUCGACAGAAUCAAAUACGAAAUUACUAUAUGAAGCAAUGAUAUUCACAUGCGGCGAACACGAAAAUUUCGGCCGUGUCACAGUAAAACAAAAUUCUCCGCCUCCCUUACAGUUUGACACGAAUAACGCGUCAUCUUCGUAUAUGUACACGCAAGAAGCUAUCCAGCAAGCAAGUAGUACACAAACGUGGGAUUUCAAUUGCAACAUUCAAUCGAUAGUUGCCGUAUUGACGCCCGGACAAGUUGGACUGUUUGUCGAUCUAAUGAAUGCAUUAUCGGCGAGUAAGAUUGCUGGGCACGAAAGAAAAAUUACAUUGAACACGGAAAGAGAUAUUGAUUCUGUUCAUCAGGAUAUUUCUAGAAUGCAAAUGCCACCAACGUCUUCUGGUGGCGGUAGCCGAAGUAGUAGCGCUAGUAUGAGGUCCCCUCUUAAUUCACAAGAUCGUAGUGAUGCUAGUAGUGUUGGCUAUAGAACUAAAACUAUUUCAAGUUUCCGGGCUCGAUCAAAACAAAACAUUGGCAAUGAUCCAUACUAUCAGACAAAUAUUGAGGUUAAUAAUAAUUUUUAUGAAUUGCCAUUGGGUGAACAAUCCGUCAUGUAUUCCGAAUAUUCUACCACUUCUACAAGUUCCACAAAGUAUCCGCAGACAUUUAAAACUACUUCAUAUCCUAACUCUUCACAGAACCCUUAUACCACCACAUCUUCUCCAUUUGCAAGUACGACUUUACCUACUACUACAACAUCAUCAACAGUUCCUUCUACAAACUUAGAUAUCACAUUGAAUAUCUCUUUGAUUGAAUUUUACCUUUUGUACAAGAAUGAUUCAAUACCCGGGCGAAAUUUUUUUGACAAUCGAACACCCGAACAAUUAAACAUGGACCAUCUGAAAUUUGAAGUAAAAGAUUUUACAACACAUCUACUGACUUGUGAACCGGAAGCUGGAACUAAUGUGCGUAGGCGAAGUCUCAAUGUUUCGAGUAGCAAUGGUAGUUUUAGCAGUGGUAUAGGUGGUGGAGGGCAUCAUUAUCAUCACCAGCAGAAGAUUUUAGAUUCGGAACAAAAGCCAAAAAUCUCAUUAGAGAUAUCAAUCAGUGAUUUGAGUGUCUUGGAAUGGUUGGAAGGAUUUGUUGAUAAUUCCCCCUCCCCCGUGAAAGGGGAUAUUCUUCCUCCGUUUAGGAAUUACAACCGAGUUUUAUGUUUUGACCCUACACUAUUAAAUCCAUAUGACGCUGAUGAUGCGGGUUUUCUCUGUUUUCCGGUAUCACAAAAAAAAUUUGAUUCCUCCAAUAGACCAAACUCUGGUGGAAGCGGCGGGAGUAAACAUUCCAACCGAGGGAUGGUUAACAUGAUACGAGUAAAAAUUGACAUUCAAAACCAAGAGAAUGAAGGGAAUAAUAAUUCUGCCACGCUACAAUCAUCCACGCCAAGUCUUAAUGUCGACUUGCAACCUUUUCAUCUGCAUUUUGAUUUACGGUUAAUUGACAGGCUUGAAAACUAUAUACGUAUUGUGGACAGCAUCAACAACGCCGCGAAAUCAUCUCGCGAUGAGGAAACUGCAAGUCGUGGUGGUGGCAUAUUCACCGAAAUGCACUCGGAGAGUCAACAUAUAAUAGAUGAUUUGGAUGCUCCAAGAGUUACAGAGCUUUCAUCUCAUCAAUCACGUGUACGAAUUCAUUGCGAAAGGAUUCGCGCCUGGAUAAUAUGUCCUGAUCUAAAUUGCUCGGAUUCAGAAGAAGACAAGGAAGCAAAUAAUUACCGAAUACGUUCGGAUCUUUUAGUUGCGGACAUUGAUCAGAUUGAUAUUGUCACUGGUGGCUCUGGCAGUGGUAGUGGCGGGAUACUUCAGAAUCAAUCAUUAUCUCGUGGUUCAAAUUUCUCGGCCGAUAUUUACGGAUUGCAGGGACCUAGUAAUCUCAGUACAGCUGAUCUUCAGAAUCGAGUGAAAAUUGAAUUUGUGUCCAUAAACGUAUUCUUGAAAUGUGCUCAAGAUUCAGAGGCAAAAUGUUUUCUGCUUAUAAAGACAUUUGAUUCACAUCCAACAUCGCAUCAACGUACACUUCCACCGCCGAAUUGCAUCCCUAAUGUCGAGCUCACUUUUCGACAAGCUAAUACCAUGGCCAAUCAAUUAUUUUAUGAAGGAAGUGGAUUUCCCGCUUCCCCUUUUUCACAAACCUAUGCUUCUUAUGAAGGAGGUGAAGAGCGAGUCAAUUGGCCAAUGGAAAAUGAGGAGGAAGAUAUUUUAAGGUUUAAGCAGCGAACAAUUGAAAGUUCUUUAUUCGUGCUGAACUGCUAUUUUCCUGUUACUCGUGUUCGUAUAUCAAAAUCUUUGUACGAUACAUUGCAAAUUCUAUUGAACGACUUGUCGCUAUGGCAACCAAAUUUCACAAAAUCCGCUACUACCACCACUAUUAGUGGCAGCAGCAGCAACGACGACAACAAUAACACAAAUGCUUUAUCUCACUCGAUGUAUAAAAGUAACAUGUUCGUUUCUGAUGGGUUUAAUGAGAAUAUACGACAAAAUAAUGAUUAUAUUGGAAGCAAUUCUGAGAUGCGAAGAAGAAUGGGAGGUGGAUCUAUUGAUGGAAGUGAAGGAAACUUUAAUAUAGUGAAACCGAGUUUAGCAUCUUUGGUUGUUCUUAUGGCUAAUGUUGAAAUUGAUAUACUAUGUGAACAAGAAUCAGAAAGCGCUGAUGUUAAAAUGAAUGUUUAUCAACUAAAUAUGUCCGAACUCAGAUUUUUCGCCGCGAUAAAACAUCAAGGCAAAAACGAUACUUAUCUCUGUUUGGACAACGAUGAUUUCACAUUUCUCGAUAUUACGAAUUCACAAGAAAGCUCCCCACUCUUGUGUCGUACCAUUUCAAAAGGAAUCAAAACAAAAAAUACACGACCAAUGAUUUCUAUAAUCAUUUUUAGCUCGCUCGACGACGGAAUCGGCAUCAAAGAAACAAACCUCACACUAUCAAUUAAUGGUAUCACGCUGCGCUUUGAUUCUUUGGAUCCGAAAUGGCCACAAGAUCUUGCCAGACUUUUCCAAGGACCUGAACUGAUACCAUAUGUGGAUAUACCCACUCACACAAAGUUGAUUGUUUCAAUCAGCGAAUCGUCAAUUGACUACAUUCCUAAAGAUAUACCAGCGCGAAUGGUGGUUGUACUAGAAAACUUAAAGGCAUCAAGCACUCUCAUGCUAGACGUGCCCCUCUAUACUAUCAAAUUAAUCUCACAAAAUACGGAUCUGUUUGUAGUCGAUGACGUAAUGGUUCUUAAUGAGAAAUUGUUGUCGAGUCGACUAGGAAAUGGCGUGGUCAACGCAAAAAAAUACUGGAAGACAGUAGGCCUCGCUCACGCUGCAAAUGUUAAUUUCGCAGAUAUAUCGUUGAGAAUUAACAAAGGAGAAAUCGUUCCAAAAUUUGAGAUUAUUCUAACUAAUGAAACCUUGACAAUUGAAACAUGCGCAGAUUCAUUCCACACUUUACUUAGCUUGAUCAACCAUAUAGCUUCCAAUAAUAAAAGUCCUGAAAACAAACCCGAAAAACAUCCAAAAGCCACAUCAAUACCGACCAACGUGUUCGAUAAUUUGGAUGAGGAGGCUUUUAAACCACCCAGCUCGACAUCAAACACAACAAAAGAAGCAAGUGUCGGCACAUCAGAUCUAACUAUUAUGGAUGAGUAUUAUUCCAUGGAUGAUAGUCAAGUGAUAACACCAAAUGAAAAUAAUAUGGUGUAUAAGGAUGAAUUCAAUGAUGUUCCGAAGACUCUUGACUUUGAGGAAUCCGAGGAAUCCGAUGGAUCUGAGGAAUCUGAAGAAUUGGGCGAUAAAGAAUGUGGAAUAUUGCUAAUGGAUAAAGAAAUGCGGGAUCUGAGUCUGAAUCUGGUGGAAAAUUACUUUUCUAUUCCGACAGCUAGUGAACUUGAAGAAGUUAAAGAAGAUCUACCAAAAAGUUUAACACGAAUUCGAAUACGAGACUUUAACCUUGUAUGGAAAUUAUAUGACGGAUAUGAUUGGGAAGAAACCAGAACAACAGUCUCCGAAAACAUUGCACAUGCUAAAUCGCAAGCCAAACAACAGUCUGCCGAUAGCGCAGAAACAGUCACGGGGUCCGAUCCAAAUAGUAAUAGACCAAUUAGUCCUUUGGAUUCGGAGGCCAGCAGUUUCUUUGAUCGUUUAUAUAUGGGGCCAACGUAUCGACAUUCCGACUACGAAGGUUCUUCCCAAGCAGCCUCCGAGAUCGAUUACACCGUUGAUGAUCGUAGUGAUAUCUCGAGUCUGGUCGGUUCUGGCUUACGGGCUGAAAAUGAACAUUUGAGUAGACGUGACAGCGGUAGUAGGAAAACCGCUGAUCCUUCACGUAGUACUCGCUCUCGUCCAAAAUUGGGACGUUCAAAGGCCAGUAAACUUGAUAUCCGACUAGAAAAAAUGAAUCUAGAAUUUGAUAUAUUUCCCGAAGAUGAUCAAUUGGCGUUUCGCUUACUUUUGUCAGUCAGAGAUGUGGAGAUACUUGAUAAUAUAAAGACGUCAGCUUGGCGAAAAUUUCUAUCCCACAUGCGAGCAGAAAACGAUACAAGUCCACGCGAGACGAAGUCUAAUAUGGUACGAAUAGAAUUACAGUGUGUUCGACCGGUUCCUACAGAGCCUUCGGAAGAAUUUCGGUUGAAGACCAGGUUGUUGCCAUUACGGUUUCAUAUUGAUCAAGACGCUCUUAAUUUUAUCAUUCGGUUCUUUUCGUUUCAAGCCACAUCAUCGAAAAUUCCUGUUUCCAAAUCUGAAGAUGAUACUUAUAUACAAUAUUUUGAAAUCCAACCAAUCAUAAUGAAGAUCGAUUAUAAGCCAAAACAUAUUGAUUACACCAACUUAAAAGAAGGCAAUCUAGUGGAACUGAUGAACUUUUUCCACUUUGACUCGGCUGAUAUGACUUUAAGCAGCGUGAAACUUCGAGGGGUAAAAGGCUGGAAGCGACUUUUCGAAGAACUGGGCGCAGCUUGGCUUCCCUAUAUAAAAAACACGCAAGUUCCUAAUGUAGUGUCUGGAGUCGCGCCCAUUCGAUCAUUAGUAAAUCUUGGGUCAGGUGUAGCUGAUCUUAUUCUUUUGCCAAUUGAACAAUAUAAAAAAGACGGACGAAUAGUUCGAGGUAUCGAAGAAGCAUACAAGAGUCUACAAAAAAAUCUCGGCACUGCUGCACAUACAAUCUUCGCGGUACCUAUGGAAGUGUACGAGAAAACCGGCACACAGGGAUCCGUGAAAGCUGUGAUACGCGCGGUGCCUGUGGCUGUGUUGAAACCGAUGAUUGGCGCGUCUGAAGCUAUUUCUAAAACGUUACUUGGAUUACGGAAUACAAUUGAUCCGAAUAAGUUGCCGCAGAUGGAGGAUAAAUACAAGAAACCGUUAAAUUGA